AUGCAGCCGACAAGUCCUAGGCUCUCUCAACACACAGUUGACAGCGGCAAGUUAACAGUUGACAGCGGCAAGUUAACAGGUGAAAACGGCAAGGCUACCCCCAUCGACGCUGAAGAAGAAGUUGGUGCCGUUCUUGAGAAUGCCCAGCAAGUGGCCACAGUUGAAGACGUUCAGGAGAAUCAAUCCGAAAGUGAAGCGUCAAUCGCCACGACCGAACAACCUACAGAAAUACCAGUGGAACCAUGGCGAUUGUGUCGGCCACCGAAUGAAGGUGAGAGAGAUCGCUUGAUGAAAUACGCUAGAGUGUUCCAAAAAGUGAUCAGUUAUUCGUUUUCUCACGUGGGACUGACCGUCCUUGUUAUCGGAUACACGAUCAUGGGCGGAUUCCUGUUCAAAUUUUUGGAAGGGAAGACUGAAAUUGUGGAAAGGACAACAAUCUCAAAGAAAAGGAACGCCACUAUCUGGCUGAUGACGGCGGAUCUCAACGUCUUGGAGCAAGCCAAUUGGAGCAGGGCUGUGGAGCGGAUCAUGAAAGAUUUUCAGGACGAUGUGGUGAUUGCCAUCAAAGAAAGAGGUUGGGAUGGCAGAGACGAAUUUAACAAGGACAUCAGCUGGUCGUUCUUCGGCUCCGUACUCUAUAGCGUCACAGUGCUGACGACAAUUGGUUACGGCCACAUAGCUCCCAAGACGCAAUGGGGACGGAUGACAACCAUGCUUUACGCCUUACUUGGCAUACCGCUGACACUUUUGUGCUUGAGUACAAUCGGUGAAUCAUGGGCCAAAUGCUUUCGGUUCUUGUACAAGUACGUCUCUUUGGUUCUGGCAAAAGUGAGUAGAUGCAGAGGCCCACCAAUUGAACUGCGAAGGAAAACCAUCUUCAAGGAAGCUUUGCACACCAAAGGCGUGACAGUUCCACUGUGGGUUAGCCUUUUGAUAAUUGGCGGAUAUAUUGGUGGGGGUGCGGUAUUGUUUUCAACAUGGCAACAAGAUUGGGACUAUCUUGUGGCUGCAUAUUUCUGCUUUAUCACCCUCAGCACCAUUGGAUUUGGGGACUUCGUUUUUGGUUUUGGCUCAGACAACAACAGCAACGUAAAACUAAUAGCCAGCUCAAUGUAUCUGUUUAUGGGGCUGGCGAUUAUUGCCAUGUGCUUCAAUCUGAUGCAAGAAGAGGUCAGAGAGAGAUUCAAGCGGAUAGGAUUACGACUGGGACUAAUUAAACCCGUUGCGAGCAAGUCACGACGAAUGACAACAACCCUAGCACCGGUCAACGUUAGUAUGUGA